AAAAGGUUAUGAUAAAGGCCUUGGCUAUAAGUGUUUUUUUUCCAUCCGUUUGUGAUUUAGAUCAGAUCGAUCCUUUGGUGAAGUUCCAACAGACCACGCUAGUGCGAAGGACGACGAUGGCCAUCCCCAAGGAGACCAUCAUGGGCGCCCUUUAUGUCCUGAUCGGGGCACUUCUUGGCGUCUGCAUAGUCUGGUGGAUCGAAUCAGAGGCCGCCGCGAGCAUAAGGAGGCGCAUGUGUCCGGGCUCGCAGCAUCGGAGGCCGGUGCCGGCGCGGGUCGUUGUGGAGGAGCCGCGGCAGCUGGCCUACUUCUUGUACCCCGACGAUGCAGAGGGCGGCCGAGGGACGGUCGGAGCGUCGGUUGUGGUGUGCGCGAUCUGCUUGGAGGCGCUGGUCGGCGGUGCGGAGUGCAGCGAGGUGCCGGCGUGCCACCACGUGUUCCACCGUGGCUGCCUUGCGCUGUGGAUCAAGAGCAAGGGCACCUGCCCGCUCUGCAGGGAGCAUGUCAUGCCGGGGCCAGAGCGCCCGUCAGCUACCGAUAACAUGGUUUAGCUUAACUAGCAAAAAGGAUUGUGCGUUGCAACAAAAGAAUUAACUACCAUACACCAUAGCCUAAUAAGCAUGGCUUAAUGGCUCAUGGAUAAACCCCUCCUCGUGUUAUU